CGCAGGUCGUAACAUCAUGUCUGGUCGUGGCAAAGGUGGUAAGGGUUUGGGAAAAGGGGGUGCUAAGCGCCAUCGGAAGGUGCUUCGUGAUAACAUCCAAGGUAUUACGAAGCCGGCUAUUCGUCGUUUGGCUCGCCGUGGUGGUGUAAAGCGUAUUUCUGGAUUGAUAUAUGAAGAAACCCGAGGCGUACUGAAAGUAUUUCUAGAGAACGUGAUCCGCGACGCUGUCACUUACACUGAACAUGCCAAGCGAAAGACUGUGACAGCCAUGGACGUGGUGUACGCUCUGAAACGCCAGGGUCGCACUCUCUACGGAUUCGGGGGCUAAGUUUUC